AUGAAGCUCCACCUGCCUUCCCUUGCAAUCCUUGGUUUCCUCAUGGCCAGUAGCGCCAACGCGAUGCUCCUUGGAGAAGAAGACGAAGAAGUCUGCGAAAUCCAAAAGAGCCAAAAGGAAAUCGAGUGCCCUGUAGUGCCGCCUCCGAAGCUUCCCAAGACAUGUUCUGGCAUGUCCGCCUCUUGGUGGGGAGAUCCUCACUUUACUACGUUCAAUGGGAAAAAGUACGAUUGUAUGGGCGAGGGAGAGUUUGACAUUGUCCGUUCGGCGACCAAGCCGGACUUUGCCUUGCAAGGCCGCUUUCGCAAGGCCAACGUCAAGUCUCGCAAACGCCCCACUGUGACACGAGCGAUUGCCUUCCAAACAGGAGAUGGAGAGCCCCGCAUUCAAAUUGAUGUCCCAGACAACUUCAACCCCAAGGCUGGUGGAUGCCCUGCCACUGUGUACAUUGAUGGAAAGGAGCAAACACUCGGAAGCAGCGAGUUUAUCGCGGGAGCCAACAGUACCACUGGCAUUCACAUACAAGAGACAAAGAGCCCCGACUUGUGCAUUCCCGAUUGCGCCUUGGAGAGAGGCGAGAAAUUCAUGGGCAUGCUGGGAACUCCCGAUGACGACAAAGACAAUGAGUGGAUCCGCCGAAACUAUUACGACGAAGGCGGGCAUGGUGUCGUCCCCUUCAAGGGCAGGAGAGAUAGCAAAGCCGAAUACAAAUACUGCGUUCAGAACUGGUGCCUCAACGAUCCCAAGGAUUCCCUCUUCAAGUACCCGCCCGGCAAAUCGUUCAAGGACUACGACAAUUGCAAGUUGCCGCCCUACGAUGAAAACAAUGACUGCAGUAAUAUGGAUGAGAUCAAACAGAUCUGCGGCGCCGACAAUCGGGAGUGUAUUGUCGAUGGAUGCGCCCAAGGCGUUGAGGCCGCCAAGGAGGCCGUCAGGACUGCUCUGGAGAUGGUUGACAAGAAGUGUGGGAAGGAGAUUUUCUUUGAGGACUUUGACAAGGAUGACUACGACUACAGCGGAUGGGGGCUAGUGAAGGACAAGGCUUCCUCCAAGCACAAGGGGGCAGAAAUGGCUACAAAGUAUCUGAAUCUGAACCAAGCUCACCCGAAAGUCGAAGCGUCGUGGGAUUCAAAUGGUGCCAAAUUGGUUCUACUCGAGUUCAAUCUGUAUGAGAUUGGAAGCUGGGAUGCUGGAAAGUCAGCAGAUAAGUUCCUGAUCAACGUCGGAGACGUGGAGAUUGACAUUGGAGCAUUCGACGGAAGGCGACAGGAUGUGUCUCGUGACGGUGUGGUGGAGGGAAUCGAUUGGUCCGUGAAUGCCCUGUCGGCACAAACUGAUCUCGGCUUUGGACUUGGGCAGAAAUUAGCACCACAAUGUGCCGCCAAAUGGGGACGGUGCUACGGAAAGGGUCCUGGCAUGGGGCAUUGGCCAAAUGGCAAAAAGUGCUGCCCGAGCGGAUUUUCCUGCCAAACCAGCAACAACAAGCAUUGGCAAUGCAACCCGAACAAGCGCGCCAAAGGGCCUACCGCGACCCGUCAAGCCCAAGCAUACACGGUGAAGGUCGCUGUGCCAGGCAAUGCAUUGGUGGCAGACGGCGGUAUGCUCAAACUAGCUUUGAAAACUGUUUUCAGCAGCGAUAUUACCAAUGAGAGUGCCGGAAUUGAUAACCUUCGUCUGACCGGUUACCACAGUACCUGCUCUUUUGAUUGCCAGGGUACCACAGUCAUCUCCGAGACUUUUGACGAGGAAGAGGCGGGGGGUGAUGCUGCCAGUUGGGGGAGCACCAAAGAGCUUUCAGACGGACAUGUCGUCCUUGGACCUGUUUACAGCAACACCAAGGCAAUCUCAAAAGCAUUCGAGGUCUCCGAAACGGCGGGUGCCGCCACAAUCGAUUUCUUCCUUUACGAAAUGGGAGUCUGGGCAGCCAUGCCUUCAAACAAGUUUCUGGUCACAAUUGGGGAUACUCAGUUUGACUUGGGUCCCUUCACAGACGACGACGAUGACGAUACUCCAACAAAAGCACUCGUCCAAGACCAUGUCGGCGACGACAACACCCUCUUUUGGGAACGCAAGGAACUCGAUGCUGGUGGCCGCACGACGGAAGGAGGAAACGGAGCUGUCCACAAGGUGUCCAUUCAGGUGUCCAAUCAGUACUUUCCAGACGGCAUUUUGAUGGUUGGAUUUGAUGUGGACUCGCAAGAUGACCAAGGGGUCAGUGCAGCCAUUGACGACUUCAAGAUUCGUCUGUAUCCGGAAGCAGACAGGUGUCAAGAUCUCUUGGUGAAGAAGGCAGACAACAACCCAACGACUGCAGCGCCUACAACUGAUAGCCCAACCACGGCAGCUCCCACAACCAACAGCCCCACCACAGAAAGCCCCAUGACGGCCAGUCCAACAACUGCAGCACCUGCAACGGCUGCUCCUACCACAGAGAGCCCAACCAGUGCUCCCCCCACCACAGACAGCCCAACAACUUCCAAUCCAAGCACUCUGUCUCCAUCCACAGAGGUACCCAGCACUGUCUCCCCAACUACGGAAAUACCCAAAGUUAAAACACCCAAGAAGGGAAGCAGCUCCGGCGACCCUCACUUCAAAACUUGGCAUGGUGUCAAGUUUGACUAUCAUGGAGAAUGUGAUCUUGUUCUAGUUGACCAUCCUUCUUUUGCAAAUGGGAAGGGGCUACGAGUUCACAUCCGAACCACUCGCGUCAAGUACUUUUCUUAUAUUGAACGAAUUGCCUUACAAAUUGGCGAUGACAUUUUGGAGUUUGGCAAUGAUGUGGACAAUUUCUUCAUUAAUGGAGCCAAGGUGGAUUCCAAUCGCAAGCACCACAAGACCAUGUUUGGGGGCUACAUGGUCCGACGUGACAGAAAGGCAAUCUCUGUGCGCCUUGACGAAGAAGCCAAAGCAAAGAUUGACUUUCAUACCCGCAAGAAUGGCUUCCCUGCUGUGAUUGUGGAUGCAGGGAAGACAGAUCUGUUUGCCGGCAGUCUUGGGUUGCUUGGUCAGUGGCACACUGGAAAUACAAUGGCUCGUGAUGGCGUGACUGAGAUUGAGUUGCUAUGGAUGGGCAUGUUGUACAUCUUGAUUGAGAAAGCACUCACAGAAGGCAAGCUGGAUAAGCCACAGGGCACCAGAGCAAUUACAUAG